AUGGAUAGCAGCGCCCAGCACCGCAUCACCCAGUUGGGAGAGAACCUUUACGGAGGAGUUCCACACUAUGAAGAACACCUCCCCAGAGGAGCUCAAGACGUCAAUAAUGGUCUUGUUGCUUCCGCGGGAUUUCGGACCAUUUUGAACGGUCGUGAAGCCAAUCUGCCCGGGUCGCGCCGUAUCUAUCGAAACUCCUCUUCUGAGCGAUAUAUGCAACAUCGACGAGGUCCUAUCUGGGCCAAUUACAAACGAUGUUUUGAGUUAGAGUUGAACGGGAAAGUCGACAUCGCAAUCCCGCAAACUUCAUCGCCGAAACUAGUUGUCGUGCGACGAGCCGCGACAACGAACCUUGAUCACCAAAUGCAAACGUUGCUCCAGCUCAUGGCACAACCUUAUUUCGCCAGAUGUUUCGAGGUGUUCGGCUCCGUUUCAUCUCCGUACUUCGUUUGCGAGUAUUUGAGCUUGACCCUGGGUCACAUUAUGGGACUCCCUCUAUUUCCCACAGAGGUUGAGGUUGUGGCAAUCACAGGCCAGCUCGUAGAAGCGCUAGCAUUCCUUGAGCGGCAUGAUUUGGUGCAUGAAGGAUUAAGCAUGUCAAACAUAUUGCUCAACGACGAUGGAUAUGUCAAAAUAGGUUGGGCCCGUUUUCUGAACCGGAGCUAUGUAAUCGAGAUCAAGAUGGCUCGAAUGGCCGAAGAAAUGUUCAGGAGCUAG